AUGGAGGUGCAGGUAGGGCUAGGGAGGGUCUACCCUCGGCCGCCGUCCAAGACCUAUCGAGGAGCUUUCCAGAACCUGUUCCAGAGCGUGCGAGAAGUGAUCCAGAACCCGGGCCCCAGGCACCCUGAGGCCACGAGCACAGCACCUCCCAGCGCCCGUUUGCAGCAGCAGCAGCAGCAGCAGCAGCAGCAGCAGCAGCAGCAGGAGACCCAUUCUCGGCGGCGGCAGCAGCCUGAGGAUGGCUCUCCCCAAGCCCAGAGCAGAGGCUCCACCGGCUACCUGGCCCUGGACAAGGAACAACAGCCUUCACGACAGCAGUCAGCCCCCAAGGGCCAUCCGGAGAGUGGCUGCGUUCCAGAGCCUGGAGCUGCUUCAGCCAUCGGCAAGGGGCUGCAGCAGCAUCCAGCACCACCGGACCAUGAUGACUCAGCUGCCCCAUCCACGUUGUCCUUGCUGGGCCCCACUUUCCCGGGCUUAAGUAGCUGUUCCACCGAUAUUAAAGACAUCCUGAGCGAGGCCUGCACCAUGCAACUCCUUCAGCAACAGCCGCAGCAGCAGCGGCCUCAGCAGCAGCAGCAGCAGGAGGUAGUAUCUGAAGGCGGCAGCAGUGGGAGAGCAAGGGAGGCCGCUGGUGCCCCCACUUCCUCCAAGGACAGUUAUCUAGGAGGCAGUUCAACCAUCUCAGACAGCGCCAAGGAGUUGUGUAAGGCAGUGUCAGUGUCCAUGGGCUUGGGUGUGGAGGCAUUGGAACAUCUGAGUCCUGGGGAGCAGCUUCGGGGGGAUUGCAUGUAUGCCCAGCUCCUGGUAGGUCCAUCCGCUGUGUGUCCUUGCGCCCCGCUGGCGGAAUGCAAAGGUUCUGUGCUGGAUGACGGCCAGGGCAAGGGCACCGAGGAAACUGCUGAGUAUUCCCCUUUCAAGGCAGGUUAUGCCAAAGGGUUGGAUGGCGACAGCCUGGGCUGUUCUGGCAGCAGUGAGGCAGGGGGCUCCGGAACACUUGAGAUGCCCUCCACCCUAUCUCUCUACAAGUUUGGAGCACUAGAUGAAGCGGCAGCUUAUCAGAGUCGCGACUACUACAACUUUCAGCUCUCCCUGACCGGGCCACCGCCCCCUCCAUCCCCUUCCCAUCCUCACGCCCGAAUCAAGCUGGAAAACCCUCUGGACUAUAGCAGCACCUGGGCAGACACAGCUGCACAAUGCCGCUAUGGGGACCUGGCGAGCCUUCAAGGUGGAGGUGCAACGGGACCCGGCUCAGGCUCACCGUCAGCCACUGCCUCCUCUUCCUGGCAUACUUUCUUCACAGCAGAAGAAAGCCAGCUGUAUGGGCCCUGUGGUGAGAGUGGAGGCGGCAGCACAGGCGAGUCAGGGUCUGUGGCCCCCUAUAGCUACACUAGGCCACCUCAGGGGUUGACAAGCCAAGAAGGUGACUUCCCUCCACCUGAUGUAUGGUAUCCUGGCGGUGUUGUGAGCAGAAUGCCCUAUCCAAGUCCCAGUUGUGUCAAAAGCGAGAUGGGCCCUUGGAUGGAGAGCUACUCGGGACCCUAUGGGGACAUGCGUUUGGAGACUGCCAGGGACCAUGUCCUACCCAUUGACUAUUACUUUCCACCCCAGAAGACCUGCCUGAUCUGCGGUGAUGAAGCUUCAGGCUGUCACUAUGGAGCUGUCACUUGUGGAAGCUGCAAAGUGUUCUUUAAAAGAGCUGCUGAAGGGAAACAGAAGUACCUGUGUGCCAGUAGAAAUGAUUGCACCAUCGAUAAAUUCCGAAGGAAAAAUUGUCCAUCUUGUCGCCUACGGAAAUGCUAUGAGGCAGGGAUGACUCUGGGAGCCCGGAAGCUGAAGAAACUUGGUAAUCUGAAACUACAGGAGGAAGGGGAGGCUUCCAAUGCCACCAGCCCCACUGAGGAGCCAACCCAGAAGCUGACAGUGUCACACAUUGAAGGCUAUGAGUGUCAGCCCAUCUUUCUGAAUGUUCUGGAAGCCAUUGAGCCAGGCGUGGUGUGUGCUGGACAUGACAACAACCAGCCCGACUCCUUUGCAGCCUUGCUCUCUAGCCUUAAUGAAUUGGGUGAAAGACAACUUGUACAUGUGGUCAAGUGGGCCAAGGCCUUGCCUGCUUGUAACAGAGAGAAGAGAAGAGAAGAGAAGAGAAGAGAAGAGAAGAGAAGAGAAGAGAAGAGAAGAGAAGAGAAGAGAAGAGAAGAGAAGAGAAAAAGGGGAGAUGGGGAAAGCAGGCAAGGACAAACCAAGCAGAACAUGUCUAGAUAGUGCAUACUUCAGACCUUGGCCUAUGGCUACCAAAAGCUCAUGAACUUGGUAGUUCUAAUUAGCAGUAGAGUGGGAAAAGCCCUGGAAAGAAAUAGAGCACCUAGAUUCUAGUCCCAAUUCAGCCACACAUAGACUAUAUGACUUUGGGGAAGUCCAUUAACUUCUAUAGCCCUCAAAUUCUUUGUUAGCAAAAUGAGUGUCACAUUUUCUGCUCUCUAGGGUUAUUGUGAGAGUUAAAGGAGGUCAUCAACAGGAAACUUAGAAACUGUAUCUAAAUUAAUGGAAGCAUUCCUAAUGAGGCAUAGAAAAACAAAAUUUCUAAUAAUUCUGUAUCUUCUGGGGAAAAGAGAAUUGAGAUACUGGUAUGAGAUGAGCUCUGAGGUGAUUCUCUAAGCAUCCAACUAUCUGGAAACCUCAAGAAGAAUAUAGAUACAUUUGAUCUCUCUGUGUGGUAUUGUGGAAGUAGCAUCUAGCACCUUUGGUUCUCUGAGAUUAAGGGAGACAAUUUGAAGAGCAUCUGAUUACAAUUAUAUAAAAUGAAAAAAAUGGAA